UAAGCCAGGCUCGGGGCCGGGUGCGCGCUGGGUCCUCCCUGCCAAGAGGCAGAGGAGGGGCCGGCACCUCGGCGGCCAGAGGACCCGACGAGCGCCUCCUUUACCUCCCUCACCUGGUUUGACUGGUUUGGGUGGCGGCUUCGACAUCUCGCUUCCUGGAGCUGCAAAUCCUAAAGACCCCGCCGAAAAGCCCACCGCUUGCCCGUCACCUGGCACUCGGGCACCCCAGUUUCUUUUCGUCAGGCUUACAACGGUGCGCCUCCCAGGACCGGCGCCCAACCUUGGCUGCACGAAGAGCGGACGCAGGCAGAGCUGCUCCGCCGUGUGCCCCGCCCCGCCCCGCGGCCGCCGGAGCCGUCCUGAACGCGCGCCGGGCCGACGAGGAAGUGGACCCCGCCUGGCCGAGCGCUUAUUGGCUCCCGGGCUGGCAGCUUCGCCGCAGCGGGAGCGCGGGCGGCGCGCACGGCGGCGGAACGGGCCGGAGCCGAGCGAGAGCGAAGCGGGCGGGUGCCAGUGCCGCGGGCCGCGCGCGCUCCCAAUAGGGAAGGGCCGGAGCUGGCCAGGGGCGCGCGGGAGAGGCCACGCUCGCCGUAGCCCCGCCCCGCCCCGCCCCAACGGGGCUGGAACCCGGGACCGAGCGGAGUGGAAAGGGGCGUCAGGUGGCCACCCCUACCUGGCAUCCCUCUAAUCCAGGAGGAUCGUGGGGAAAGAGGCUGUGGGCCUCUCCGGGAGCGAGCUGCGGGUAGCGGCGCACUGGGGACAGGCGCGCGCCUGGCUGUCGCCCUUGCCGCUGUGUUUGGGAGGACUCGAACUGGCGCCAGGAAAUAUUAGGAAGCUGUGGUUUUCAAAGCUAAUUAUGAAAACAUUUAUCGUUGGAAUCAGUGGUGUGACAAACGGUGGGAAAACAACACUGGCUAAGAAUUUGCAGAAACACCUCCCAAAUUGCAGUGUCAUAUCUCAGGAUGAUUUUUUCAAGCCAGAGUCUGAGAUAGAGACAGAUAAAAAUGGAUUUUUGCAGUAUGAUGUGCUUGAAGCACUUAACAUGGAAAAAAUGAUGUCAGUCAUUUCCUGCUGGAUGGAAAGCGCAACACUCUCUGUGGUAUCAACAGACCGGGAAAGUGCUGAGGAAAUUCCCAUUUUAAUCAUCGAAGGUUUUCUUCUUUUUAAUUAUAAGCCCCUUGACACUAUAUGGAAUAGAAGCUAUUUCCUGACUAUUCCAUAUGAAGAAUGUAAAAGGAGGAGGAGUACAAGGGUCUAUGAGCCUCCAGACUCUCCGGGAUACUUUGAUGGCCACGUGUGGCCCAUGUAUCUAAAGCACAGACAAGAAAUGCAAGACAUCACAUGGGAAGUUGUGUACCUAGAUGGAACAAAAUCUGAAGAGGACCUCUUUUUGCAAGUAUAUGAAGAUCUAAUACAAGAACUAGCAAAGCAAAAGUGUAAGUAUUGUGCUAACAAAGUGGAAGGUAGAGGAGAAACAGCCAGGAAAAUAGUUCAUUACAGAAUGCUAAUGUAGGAGUGAUUGCGCUCAUCCAUUCUUUGCUUUGAGGACAAUUCAGAAUCAGAAAUUCUGGGGGGAAGGUUUCGAGACUCAGUUAGUUUGUCUGUCUGUUUUUAGGGGUUACAUCUCUUAAUGCUAUUUAUGUGAUUUACUUUAAAAUGUUUAGUAGAUGGCUGUACCAAAUGGGACUGGAAGUAUCCUUUGGGCAGAGCAUAAUUAAAAUGCUGAUGAUUUUGUUUUAGUAUGUCCAGAGCUCCCCGUUUCUUUUAUUCCCUUAAAGAUUUCCAUAAAAUUUCUACUUUCCAAAUACCUCAAAGAUAAAACAUUUUAAAAAGUAUUAUGAAGUGUUUGUUUAAGGUUUUCAUAUUGGACAGCACUUUCUGCAAGUGCCAGAGAUUUGCCUAAAUAUGGCUUCAGCAGAAAGACAGUACAGGGGUAAUGGUGGCUUCAGACCCAGCUGGAUUAACCCGUUUAUCCUAGUGUUCCACUGUUGGAACCCUAAGCUAGUAGGAGUUAUUUACAUCCUAAUGCUCAAGGUCAUCACCAAGGUCUGGUUUUUCACACAAAAAAAUUUGCAACUUCCAACAUUAAUGGGUUAAGGAACUCAAAUAAGGUCCUCAGGACUCUGCUUCUAUUCUACUUUCUAUUUAGGGUUUAUUUUGAAGUCAGGCUCUCCACUGACCUGUUGUCUGUUGACAACAACAUCCUCCUAGGUCCAUCAGUCCCAGUGUGAAAAGAUACCUUUUUCAAGAUUUGACCAUGAGUUGAUAAAUGUUGGAGCCGGGUAUUGAGUACAAGGAGGUUCAUAUUUAUUCUCACUUCUUCUGCAUAAAUUUGAAAUUCUUUAUCUUAAAUCAUUUUCUAAAAAGCAGUGUUCUGUUGUAGCCCAGAUGAUUGGUCCUGCUGGAUCACAUGACUUGCCAAAGCGAUCGUUAUGGCCAGAGAGAUGGCAUACUCUGAUUGGCGAGGUCUGGAUCACGUAACCCAUCUUGUAACUGAACACCCCACCUAAGACCUUCUGAUUUUAAAAAUUUCCCUGGCCAGGUGCAGUGGCUCAUGUUUGUAAUCCCAGCACUUUGGGAGGCUAAAUUGGGAGGAUUGCUUGAGGCCAGGAGUUCAAGACCAGCCUGAGCAACAUAGUG